AUGGACCCUGUAAGAUUCAUAUGGCCCCAUAGCCGAGAGCAGAAUGCGGCCCAAUACAGCGCUUCUCCUUGCGGCUCGGCUGCGGGUGUUAUAAAUCGAACCUAUUUUCCUUUAUCGCAUGGAGUACUAGCACUUGUAAUCGAAGAAGAUACAUCUAAUAUCCAAGUGAGCAUAUCGUACAAAGAAAAUCCCAUGUCAAAUGAUGAUUUCGUCAUCCUCAUAAAACCAAACCGAAUCAAAGGCACUGGCCUCGGUGGUGGAUGUUACCCCGUCCCAGACCCUCCAAAAAAUACCAUGAAUGAAACAGAUGCCACCUUGCAGAUCAAAUAUCAGGCUCCCAUUGACCACGGAAAUAUAGAAACCUCUUAUUCUUGUGCAGACAUCAGAUAUAUUGCUUCCGGUAGCUUUCACCCUCGAGUUCCUUGCUUCAGCAAUGCAUCGGGCGAAUUUAUACUCCCCAGCUCUACAUCGAGUGCAGUGCCUAGCAUUCAGCCAACAAUAAAAGCCGAUCUAGCUGGAAGUUUGAAGAUAGGGCUUCGCCGAGGUGCCAUUGCGGGGAUUGCUACUGGAGUACUUGUGGGUGUGGUCCUGAUUGUGCUUUCGUACGUUGGGUAUAGGAGGUAUCAACAUUGGGGUGGAGCCCGACACUAUCACUUGUCGGUAAGAAAUUCCAAAUGGGACGGUGCUGGAAAUGUAGUUUCAGGUAGGGAAGCCUGA